UUGCAUUUUUCAUAUAUUUAAUGUUUAAUAUAUUUAAUGUAUUAUUCUUUAGGUGCUAUCAAUGUUACUGUGCAAAUGCCGCCAUCGCCUCAUCAGAGGUCACCCUCACCUGUAUUGCUGACUGCAAUGUUGGCAACAUGUAGCAUGCAGACAUCCUCUUUUGCACGUCAUAUUGGCCCACCCACUGUUGGAGGAGAUGCACAUGAGGAUGUGCUAGAGGUGACUACUGCUGAUAACAUACCAUCAUUUCCUGGAUCUUCUCGUAUUGCUAGUACAGGAACGUUGCAGGCCACAUUGGUGGUGAGCGAUGAAGAAAUGCUUCCCUUAAAGAUACAAAAGGUUCCAGGCAAUGAUAUUUUCUAUAAAUAUCUUAGUGACAUUGCAUUGCAGAUAUUUGGGCUCACCAUACGUAAAAGGUGGAAUGACUAAGAAAAAAGGUUAAAAGAUGAAUUGACAAACCAAAUGGUUGAGUGGUUUGGAAAUGACACCUUUGACAAAACCAAACUCCUUGAAAAAGAUGGCACAUAUCUAAAGUAUGCAAGGGACCAAUACAAGACCCAUUUGAAGAGGAACCUAAAGUACGAGCGUCCCCCCAUGAUUCCAGAGAGGGAGUGGAAGAACCUGAUUUUGGAUGUCAAGGAGAGAAUUGAAAGGGAAAAAGGAAAUACACCACUAGACGCCAGAAGAAGACUGAGUGACACGUCAAAGGCAACCAAGGCAAGGCAAGAAAAGAACGGGCAACACAAACUCGGCUCUGGUGGUUACAUGAAACUUGCUGCACGAAUUGGCUCUGAAUUCAAUAGAGCACCCACAGAAGAUGACAAGAGAAUUGCCUACCAGCAAGGCUAUUCAGCCGUGGCUGAUCGGCUACGAGAAUUGAGUGGGCAUACACAACAUUCGAGUGCAUCCGUCACAUAGG